UUAUAGUUGCUUUUGCAUUUGGGUUUCUUUUACCUCCUUAAUGGCACUCUCUUUGACAUCUAAUGGGGUCAAUGAGUACCAAAAAUGUGUGGUUGAAGAGGAAGAUGGCUCACAAAGUACUAAUGGGCUCAGCAAUGAUUCAGCUUCAGCCAUAACCCAUUCUCCUCCUCUAUGUAGCAAUAGCAAUGAGUAUGUUCAUAAUAAGAGCACACAUUACCAACUUGAAGAAGCAGAAUCUCUGAUUAACUUCAAAGCCAAUGAGUACAACACCCUCAUACAAGGUAGUGAAUCUUUUCUUAGCGUUCAGAAGAGUUGGCUGUUCCCCAAAGAGAGUAAUUUGCAUGAAGGUUAUAACCAAUGGAACCAUGCUAUUAGUCCAAAAAGCACCACAGAUAUGCGCCUAGUGCAAAAUUUCAGUUGCUUUGAAACUUCCGCUGGCUAUAGUUCCAUAUUCAAUGGUGCAAAAGAGAAGCAACAUGGUGAAAGUUCAUCAUCUGGGUGGCUAUACUCUGAACCAAAUGUCCCUAGCGAUAGCCUGCUUGAGUCAGCAGCACAAGAGUUGGUCUUGACAAAACGCUCUUCUAUGGGAGAGAAUAUGCAAGCUACCAAUGCCAAGAAGCCAUGCACAAGUGCGAGUAAAGCAGCAAAACCAAAGUUAAACCCAUUCAAGGAUCCUCAAAGUGUUGCUGCCAAGAAUAGAAGAGAGAGAAUAAGUGAGCGGCUUAAGAUACUACAAGAACUGGUCCCCAACGGUUCCAAGGUUGAUUUGGUCACAAUGUUGGAGAAAGCAAUUAGUUAUGUGAAGUUUCUUCAGUUGCAAGUGAAGGUGUUGGCAGCUGAUGAAUUUUGGCCAGUCCAAGGUGGAAAAGCCCCAGACAUUUCUCAAGUGAGACAAGCCAUCGAUGCUAUUCUUUCAUCUCAAAGAUGAAUUGCAUAAAGAUCAUGGAUCCAAGAAAUAAGUGUCAUCAUAAUUCAUAAUUCAAACACAACUUUGCUGAACAAGAAAAAACUUUGUUCUGGAAGUUGGUCGUUCUGAAGGGCAUUUUAGUAUUUCGGAAUGCUUGAACUUUUAUAAAUUGUUAAUACUAAGUCAAGAUCUAACAGAAAAUUUGAGCAUCUUGUGUUAGCGUUUGUGUAUAUGCUGGGGCUGGAAAUUAAACCUCGCCCGUCCCAGGAUUUAUUCACAAAAUAUCUAAGUGUCUACGUUCUGUACCGUUCUCUGUACUAGUGGCGAUGGAAAUAGGGCAAAUAAUAAAUUAAAAAUAUAAAUCAUAGUCUUAUUUGACUUUUCUCUCAA